AUGGAGCUGCUCUCUACUAAACCACGGAACUUAAAGAAGGAACUUCAUCCCUACCUCACCCUCUCGCACCCUCAUGCCACUGCAUCCCAUGCCUCUGCGUCGACUUCCACCUCCUCCUCUUCCGCAACUGCUCCUCUUCAUCAGGGAGAAGUGUUGGUAUGCUUAUUCCUGUGGCCAGGCAAAGGUCUCAAAAGGUUUAAAGACGAUGAAGGACAGCUUGACAAGUUUGUAAAAUCUCAUGUCUCCAGGCUCUUGAAGAUGGACAUGGUUGCUGUGCUCUGUGAGCUUGAACGUCAGGAAGAAGUCAUACUUGCACUCAAGAUCUUCCGAGUGAUUCAAAAGGAAAACUGGUACAAGCCUGAUGUAUAUUUGUACAAGGACCUUAUCAUUGCACUUGCCAGGAGUAAAAGGAUGGAGGAUGCAAUGCAAAUAUGGGAAUGUAUGAGGAGAGAAGACUUAUUUCCAGAUUCUCAGACUUAUACUGAAGUCAUAAGGGGUUUUCUAAGGUAUGGUUCACCUGCCGAUGCAAUGAAUAUAUAUGAGGAUAUGAAGAACUCUCCUGAGCCACCUGAAGAAUUACCCUAUAGAGUUUUACUGAAAGGGCUUCUUCCACAUCCUUUAUUAAGAAAUAGAAUCAAGCAAGACUUUGAAGAGAUGUUUCCAGAUAGACAUGUUUAUGAUCCUCCUGAAGAGAUCUUUGGUCUUCGUUGAGGUAAGAUAUAGUGUUGUUUUCAGAUCAUGUUCGUGCUUCAAUAGAUGAUACCUCUUUAUUUUUAAGCGUUUUUAUUUUUGUUCAAUUUAAUGGCAAGAUUGUGCAGUAUAUGAUAAAUUAGGAUUUCUAAUCAUUGCCAAGAACAGAUCUUAAUUGUCACGCUCUCAAGGUUGAGUUUAAUUUGCACUCUUUCUUGAGUGCAGUUUAGUUUUAGACUUGUCAUGCAGCAUCCAUUUCCUUUCAGACAAGAUCGUAAACCAACUAAUGAUAAAUUGUAGGCAUUAUUGAUUAUUUAUGACGAGAGCAGAUUCCAGUGUUACUUGGACACUUCCGUUUUUGCUUGCUGUCCCGUACUGUCCCGUCCCGUCCCGUCCUGUCCCGUCCCGUCCCGUGUUGACACUUAGACACAUAUUGACGUGCACAGACACGUCAUUGAUAUUUGAUGUGUUGGUUGAAGUCGUCACAUUUCUGAGCAUGUAUUGAGAUAUUUGUUAGAAGUAUCUUGAAUUUUUUUGUUGCUAAUAUAUGAUGGUGUACAUGGUAGAGCGAGCAUCCAAAGGGCUAAGGAAUUGGCGUGCGAAUCUUGGCAACAAACUUUUCUUUUUUUUCCUUUUAAUUAUUUUAAUUUAUUUAAAAGAAAAUAAAUCAUUUACACAAUUAUCUUUUAAGUUAGCAAAGCCAUGGUUCGAGCCUAAGAACUCUUGUUCCUAAAACAAGAGAUCUACCACUCCAUCUCUUUGAGAUUCUUUGCAAAAGAAGGCAUUGUAUUAUAUGUAAAAUAUAACAAAUCUUAUUCAAAAUUUACAUAAUUUACAUAACAAAAUCUUAUUCAAAAUAAAGAAAUACCAAAACAUUGGGGAUUGAUCACAUGACCUCUUGCGCAUGAGCUCGAGUGGAGCCAAGCUGCGACCUCAACCACUAUGAUGUUUCCACGGUAAUGUCAAUAAGUAAUUAUAAUAAAAUAUUAUUUGUACACACAUGUUAGGAAGUAUUUGACUUUUUGGGAUUAUGUACUAGGUAUCCCUACAAAUGCUAAAUACUCGCAUAUGUUGGUAUCCAUGUUACAUUGCCAUAUUCAGGUACUCUUUAUGUCUUAAAUUCAUUUACAUUUUUUUUUUUGUAGCCAGUUCUUGAAGAAUACAAGUACAAUGGUACAUGUUAAUCAUGCGUUGGGAUUAAUAUGUAGCUGGCAAUCUCUGCUAAAUGAAUUAUUUUAAUUAUGAAAAGAAUUCUUGUUUAUUAUAAUAUUUUAUCUUUCUUUGUUUUCUGGAUUUCACAAUGUUUUUGAAUGUUUCUUGGGGCCCAUUGAGUAGUUCAAUACUCAAAAGUUGUCUAUUCUUAUUUACUUAGUAGUUAAAAUGGAAGAUAGUCAGCAGAUAUGGUUGGCUAGGGUUCCUACAUUUGUGUCCCCCGAAGCAUGAACCAUCCAUCCAAGAUGGAUGGUAGUCCCGCCAAAAAAAAAAUAACAUCGAUGGUCUAAAUACUCUUUCAAAAAAUUAUUUGAGGCCUCCAUUGUGAACCAUUUUCUAUAAAAUUUGGGUGCAUUAAUGCAAAUUUUUGUCAAAUUAGGUCGAUUUCAAUCAAAUUGAGGUAUGUAAUUUGAUCCACAUUGCUUCAAUUCGCAGAUCUAUGUGUAUCAUGAUUUACCAUUUCCCUUUUUAUUUAUUUAUUUAUGAGUUUCUCUGUGGUUUCAUGGAGUUUUGAAAAAACCGCCAUUAUUUUGAUUAUGGGCUUGAUGUUGAACCAGUUUCUAUAAAAUUUGGGGCAUUUUGAAGCAAAUCAUGUUCUUCACAAAAUUGUGGAGUUGAUUUAUCUGAUUAAAUAAGCAUUCUAGUUCGAUUUUGCGAGAAUACAUCUUGAUACGUUAUAGGGUUUUCAGAGUAAUUAUUUUUAAUUUAUUUUGCUGAAUUAAUUUAGGGAUUUUUGCCAAAUAUAGGUUCUUGAUACAUACAGUAUAAGAAUACAUAUUUUUUGUAGUUGUAUUCAAUUUUAUCUCGUGAAUUUACAAUUUUCAUGGGAAAAAACUUGCAUUUUUUAAUUUUAUCUUUACUGUUUUUAAUGUAAUAAAAUGUAAAUUUUGUGCAUGUAUGAUUUUGUGCAUGUAUGAGAGUUGAGAUUUUUCGCCUGUGUCAGUCAUGAGUUCCACUCAAUGCUCUUUGUAAUUGGGAUUCCUUUGUGUAGAAUUAUAGUGUGCCAUUUUGUUGAGAAUAUGUUAGUAUUUUUCACCUGUACUAGUAUCAGUGUUACACUUGGUUCCUUUGUCUAGAACUAUAGUAUGCUAUUUUUUUUGUUUGCAUGUUAUAGGGAGAUUUGUAAAAACAAAAAUUUGAAGUGUAUAUGAGUUCACCCAAUGAAUUGUCAAGAGAAUUCAAGGAGAUGCAUCAACAUGAUGACCACCCAAUGAAUUGUCAAGAGAAUUCAAGGAGAUGCAUCAACAUGAUGACGAGGAAGAACGGCGUUGCCUUUCAUUUUGAUAUUAAGUUAUAUUUUAAUUGUUGUAUGGUCAUUUUAGACUUUGUAUAUCUAACUUUGACUAUUAUAAAUUCUCUUUUUUUUCAAUGA